GAGGGGGGAGUCUGGGCCCGCCGUGGGAGCGCGCGUGUGCGGGGUUGUGGAUCUGCAGGUGUCUCGCCUGGGUGUGUGCGUGUGCCUGUCUCCGAGUUUGUGCUGGGGUCUGCUGGGAGUGGCGGUGCCAGUCCAGGGGAGUGUUGGGGCUGUGGCCCGUCGCCGUGGGCGCUGGAGUCCCCGUGUGCAUUCAUGUAUGCGAGGCUCUGUCUGUGUGCGCCCUGCCGGAGGGGUGGGUGUUGUUUAUGUGUGCUGUACCUGUGGGGGGGGGGGGUCUCGGUGAGAGUUGUGUGUGUGUGCGCGCGCGCGCUGUGUGGGGGUGACUCCGUGGGUCUGUGUCGCCUGCGCGUGCCACGGCGGGUGGACGGAGUGUUUGUGUGCUGCGAGAGUGAGCUGUGUUUGUGGGUCCGUCUGUGUGUGGCUUGCCCCAUGUGCUGGGCUUGCGUCCACGGUGUGGACUGUCUGUGACUGUGUGCGUGUGUGCAUCUCCAGGGCAUGUGUCUCAGCUAAGCGUUUGUGACGGUGCGCGUGCUGAAUGCGACGUCUGUGUGCUGUCCAGGCGCGUGUGUGAGUUCUCUCGGUGUCUGUGUUCUGUCCAGGUGCGUGUGUGCGCGCGCGCGCGCGCGCGCGCGCGCGCUGGGUCUGAGGGGCUUCUCUCUGUGAUCGGCUGGCUCAUGUGUGUCAUGUGGGCUGCGUGUGUAGUGUUUAUGUCGGUCACGUGAGACCAGUGUUUUCUGUGGGUGCUUUAGGUGUGCGUUGCCAGGGCUGUGUGGGAUUAGAGUUAGCCGCGGUGUGUGCGUGUGUGUCCGGGGCUGACAGUUGGCGGAGGGGAGUGAGUUGAUGUCUGCUCGCCUGCAUCCGUGGGUCCUGGCCGUGGCCGUGGCCCGGCAUGUGUGGUGACGCAUCUGGGUCCGGUGACCUGUGCCUGUGGGGGCCCGACGUACAUGGGUCCUGGGGGCUGAGAGUUGGUGACAAGGGGGCGUGUUUCGGUCCUGUUGGUCUGCAUGUGGCCGUGGAUGUGUUUCGUGUUGAUGGGCGCGUAGGUCUUACCUCUUGGGUGUGCGGGGGGGAGGGGCGUGUGCGUUUGCAAAGUCUGGCAGUGCCUAUUCAGUGUGUUUCCGUGUUUGCGAUGGCUGCGUUGCGUGUGUGUGUCCACGGGCAUAUCAACAGUGGGUCAGCAUGUGAGGUUCUGGUGGUGUGUGUGUGUGUGUGUGUGUGUGUGUGUGUGUGUGUGUGUGUAGGGGGAUGGAGGGGACGGGUCGUGCCAGCCAGUAUGCGUUGUGUGUCUACGCCUUCGGACGGUCUGAGUGUCUGUAUGUCCACGUUGUGGCCACCGUGUGCGCGUCCCGCACUGGGUAGCAGUGUCGGAGGCUGGAACCAUCUCGGGGUUUCUGUGCAAGUGGGAGAUGAGGGGGGAGGAGGUCAGGCUGGCCAGUCCUGAGUGAGUCCUUAUCUGUGUGCCGUGGGCCUUUCGCACCCAUCCGUGGUCUCUUCCAUUUGGGUCCUGCAUGAGUCCCUGUGUGUGCCCAUCACUGUGUUCCGGAAGUUAGCCCCACCAGGCCAUGCCCCCCCCCCCCCCAGGGGACUCCCAGGCUGGGCCCCAGGGAGCGCCAUGGCCCGAGCACGCCAGGAGGGCAGCUCCCCGGAGCCCGUAGAGGGCCUGGCCCGCGACGGCCCGCGCCCCUUUCCCCUCAGCCGCCUGGUGCCCUCGGCCGUGUCCUGCGGCCUCUGCGAGCCCGGCCUGCCCGCCGCCCCCGCCGCCCCCGCCCUGCUGCCCGCCGCCUACCUCUGCGCCCCCACCGCCCCGCCCGCCGUCACCGCCGCCCUGGGGGGCCCCCGCUGGCCUGGGGGUCCCCGCAGCCGGCCCCGAGGUCCGCGCCCCGACGGUCCUCAGCCCUCACUCUCGCCGGCAGAGCAGCACCUGGAAUCGCCGGUGCCCAGCGCCCCGGGGGCCCUGGCGGGCGGCCCCACCCAGGCAGCCCCGGGAGUCCGGGGGGAGGAGGAGCAGUGGGCCCGGGAGAUCGGGGCCCAGCUGCGGCGGAUGGCGGACGACCUCAACGCGCUGUACGAGCGGCGGAGACAAGAGGAGCAGCAGCGACACCGCCCCUCACCCUGGAGGGUCCUGUACAAUCUCAUCACGGGACUCCUGCCCUUACCCAGGGCCCGCGGGGCCCCGGAGGUGGAGCCCAAUUAGGUGCCUGCACCCGCCCGGUGGACGUCGGGGACUUGGGGGGCAGGACCCUCCCACCUCCUGAUGCCCUGGCCAGCGCGGGGGACUUUUUCUGCACCAUGU